UUGCCUAGAUGGAGGAUGGUCAAACUGGGGGGAUUGGAGUACGUGUAGUGACAGUUGUGGAGGAGGAAUCAAAUCAAGAAAUCGGUCCUGUUCAAAUCCAACACCAUCUACGAAUGGGAAACAGUGUAUGGGAAACUUCGAGCAAAUUGGUCAAUGUAAUAAACAAUUGUGCCCUGGAAUUGAUGGAGAGUGGUCAAACUGGGGAAUAUGGAGUACUUGUAGUGACAGUUGUGGAGGAGGAAUUAAAUCAAGAAAUCGAUCCUGUUCAAAUCCAACACCAUCUACGAACGGGAAACAGUGUAUGGGCAACUUCGAGCAAAUUGGUCAAUGUAAUAAACAAUUGUGUCUUGGAAUUGAUGGAGGAUGGUCAAACUGGGGGGAUUGGAGUACGUGUAGUGACAGUUGUGGAGGAGGAAUCAAAUCAAGAAAUCGAUCCUGUUCAAAUCCAACACCAUCUACGAAUGGGAAACAGUGUAUGGGAAACUUCGAGGAAAUUGGUCAAUGUAAUAAACAAUUGUGUCCUGGAAUUGAUGGAGGAUGGUCAAACUGGGGGGAUUGGAGUACGUGUAGUGACAGUUGUGGAGGAGGAAUCAAAUCAAGAAAUCGGUCCUGUUCAAAUCCAACACCAUCUACGAAUGGGAAACAGUGUAUGGGAAACUUCGAGCAAAUUGGUCAAUGUAAUAAACAAUUGUGUCCUGGAAUUGAUGGAGGAUGGUCAAACUGGGGGGAUUGGAGUACGUGUAGUGACAGUUGUGGAGGAGGAAUCAAAUCAAGAAAUCGGUCCUGUUCAAAUCCAACACCAUCUACGAAUGGGAAACAGUGUAUGGGAAACUUCGAGCAAAUUGGUCAAUGUAAUAAACAAUUGUGUCCUGGAAUUGAUGGAGAGUGGUCAAACUGGGGAAUAUGGAGUACUUGUAGUGACAGUUGUGGAGGAGGAAUUAAAUCAAGAAAUCGGUCCUGUUCAAAUCCAACACCAUCUACGAACGGGAAACAGUGUAUGGGCAACUUCGAGCAAAUUGGUCAAUGUAAUAAACAAUUUUGUCCUGGAAUUGAUGGAGGAUGGUCAAACUGGGGGGAUUGGAGUACGUGUAGUGACAGUUGUGGAGGAGGAAUCAAAUCAAGAAAUCGGUCCUGUUCAAAUCCAACACCAUCUACGAAUGGGAAACAGUGUAUGGGAAACUUCGAGGAAAUUGGUCAAUGUAAUAAACAAUUGUGUCCUGGAACUGGUAAAUAUUUCUGAUAAAAGUGUCUUCAGGUCUGUUUUGUCUGGCCCAAAACUGUGUAAGUUCUUUUUUUUAUUUAUUUUUUUUUCGCAUUGUGCAAAGUCAAUGUGUUCAGUGCGUAAAGGUUUGUCAGUAUUUGGUGUUUAUGUGUUUAGGUUUUCAAAGGAUUUGACAUGCCAUGCUCUUUCUCAUAAUAUUGAAUGCUUCAAGAAGGCUCUCCAGUUUUACUUUACCACUGAUCUUUCUAAGGUGUGCCUUAUUUUGCCGGUACACAUACUCUUGGCUUUUAUGCAUAUUUCAGUUUUUAUACCCUUACAUAGUUGUUGUAUGUACGUAUUUUGUUUUCGUUUAGAUGAGAUCAUUUCUUUGAAAAAUGGCUAUUGAGAUUGGAUUAGUGUCCUUGCUUUGUUUUUCAAAAACAGUGAUAUAAAUAUUGUAUGUGUAGACUUAUAAUUUGAUAACAGUUUAAAAAUUGGAGAACAUUUUGUUUUCGAUAUUUGCUACAAUCAUUUCAAAUACCGUUGUGGAGAAGAACUUAAAAGUUGAAAGUUAUAUUUUUAUUGAUAACCUGCUCAUAAAUUUACGAUUACUGUUAUAUAAACAUGUUUAUGUGUAGAAUUGUAAAUUAAGGUAAAACCUUCAAGAAAGUAAGGACAUAUUUUGUUAUUCAAAUAUAAAUCCAAUGAUCCGGUGUACUUGCGUUGUUUUUCUAAAACAAUCAUAUGAAUAUAAUGUGUAAGUGUAGAAUUAUGAUUCAAGGUAAAACAUACGCCUUAUCCUAAAUCAUCUAAUUCAUUUGGAUAUGUUUUAGGCGACAAACCACUUUAGGAGAUGGUUCUGUCCAGGUGCCCGUCCGUUAUGAAAUUAAGCACAGGGACUUUUUCCGCCAUUAAAACUGUAAAGUCGCCAUAUAAUCUAUAAUUGUGAAGGUUAGACGUUAAACCCAACAAAAAAGAAUCUAGCUUUAGGAGCAAAACAGAAAAAUAAUUGUAUAUUGUGUAACCGGACAAUUAUAGCAGAAUGGUCAGUAAAAGAAUUCAAAAAUAAUACUUUAACAUAAAUUUAGCCAGCUUGUUAAACGCAUUGUCCUCUACUCGGGUAUGGAUCAUUUCCGUUCUUUCAAAAAUUCUAGCAGUACAUUUGGACUUGAAAAAUAAGAGCUGUAUUAUCUUUGUUUCUACUAGAAGUCUUUCAGAAAAUUGUUCAUUUGAACAAAUACUUGUAUAUUAUUAUAAUUUGUCAGAAAUAAUCCCUGUGUAUAGUUAAACUUGUCAUCUAACAACUGGAACUCGAUUUAGAAGUUUUCUUGAAAAAAUAUUCUGCAAUAACAAAUUACUUAUUGAAAAUAUUUGUAUAGAAAGCACAGAUGCAACUGAAUUUUCAACCUACGAUCCUAUUAGUAAGAGCUAAAUAGGAUUUGACUGUUUGUAUGUAUCCAAGUCAGUUUAAAUUAAUAGACGUGAAACUUUCGAAGAUAAAGUUGUGAUAUAAAGCGAUAUAGUUUGA